AUGGAACCCAACAAUGAGCCAACCACAAACGCCUCCAAAUAUUUUCAGAAGGGUUUCAGGAAGGGAAACGUGGGGUUUAAGGUUAGAAAACCCAAUAAGGAAACUAAGAAAUCAGUUAAAAAUGAAAACGAAGAUCCAGGGCCAGUGUUCCAGUUGUCACAACCCCAACUGUUAAAUUCUAAAGUCACCAUCCCAGCCUUCGUCCCCGCAAAGUCCCCCCACAAUUUAGUCGAGGAAGAAUUCUACCACAACCCCUGGGGGCUCCUAGUGGCCACCAUUUUCCUCAACAAAACCUCAUGCACGUUAGCCAAGCCGUUCCUCGACCAGUUCCUAAAGGACUACCCCGACCCACGAGCAGUCCUCAAGUCCAAACCUGAAGACUUGGAGAGGUACUUCCACACCAUAGGUCUGCGCAAGCGCUCCGUGCAAAUUUGGAAGAUGUCCCGGGACUUCGUGCACAAAAAGUGGCGACGUGUUCGUGACCUACACGGCAUAGGACGCUACGGCGAGGACGCCUUCAGGAUGUUCGUCCUGGGGGACUUCACCGAGGUACCGAAGGAUAGGUUUUUGAAAAUCUACCGAGAGUGGUACCUGAAGGUAGCCGUGGGCAAACACUAA